UAAGAUGAUGUGAUUGCAUAAUGGCUACUCCCCAUCUGAUAUGUUUUGGUCGUAGUUUGAUUAAAAAUUCCGAAUUCGUUGUUUUACGCCUGUGUUAUAUUCUGCAACAGCUGAUUUUUCCUCUUAUCUUUCGAGUGAUAAAAGUACACCAAUCAAUUUUUUAUUGAGGCAAGACCCAUGCACACACAACCAGAUUAACCUCCAAGCAUGUGCAAUUACUCUUUUUAAAUAUCACCUAUACGGUUAUCGUUUAAGAAUAAAAAUGCCACGGGAUCACCCGUUUACAAGAUGCAACAGUACUGGUUCAAUCGGUAUUGGCAAUUCUUCAUCGCUUAAUUCAGACGAUGAAGAUGAGAUCGAAAGUAAACCUUCACCAAUGAGUUACAAAGAACGACGUCGAGAAGCCCAUACUCAGGCAGAGCAAAAACGGAGAGACGCAAUUAAGAAGGGUUAUGAUACGUUGCAGGAAUUAGUCCCAACUUGUCAACAAACUGAUGUUUCUGGUUAUAAGCUAAGUAAAGCAACUGUACUCCAAAAGUCUAUAGACUACAUUCAAUAUUUACAACAGCAGAAGAAGAAACAAGAAGAAGAAAGGAAUGCUUUAAGAAAAGAGGUUGUAGCUCUUCGAAUUAUGCAAACUAAUUAUGAACAAAUAGUAAAAGCGCAGCAAACUCAACCAGGACACACAGAGACUAGAAUUUCUGAUGAAGUUAAAUUUUCCGUGUUUCAAGCCAUCAUGGAGCAGUUGUUUCUCACGUUUAAUAAUGUUUCAGUAAGUAACUUUUCUGAGUUAUCUGCGGGCGUUUUUAGUUGGUUAGAAGAAUACUGUAAGCCUCAAAUGUUAAAAGAGACAGUGGUGCAGGUAUUACGAAGACACAAUAAUCAUAUGAGAAGUCAACCACCCAAUUCAUAGCAGAUUGUAUAUUUCUGCUGAUGGAUAACUUUAACAGAACAAUGAUUAGGCUCAUAACUUUGUUGUUUAUUUUAUUGUUGUAUAGUUUUUGAUUUGCUGUAAGUUUAGUACAAGUUUUGUUCAUUGUUGUUUACCAUCACAAAUGUGGGAUAAGAAUUUCUGUUUUUUUUUUUUUAUAUUGUUACACUUCUUCAGUUUAUGUCAGCAUUGCUGAUUUUAGAAUAAAGUGUUAAAAGAGAUAUUUCAUUGCUAUUUAAAAAAAAAACAUUUUUUUAAUUUAAUGUUGUGAUAAUGAAAGCGCUUCUCUUUAUUUUAGAAAAAACCAUAAGUUAAACUUAAAAAAAAAGCGGCAAUCAGAAAAGAAACAAAAGCAGGUUUGUAUCUAUUCCAUAACAACAAAAAGUGUUUAGUUAUGACAAAAUCAACAAAUACCUACAUAAUGUCUUUGCCAUUUCUAUUGAAACACCACUUGUUGAUCGUAAAUUUGGCAAAGUUCAUAUUCAGACAAUUUUCUAACUAAAAGCCGUUGUCAAUCAACCGAAAACUAUUAGCAAUUGCUAAAUUUUAGGCAAAAUCAACAGGUGGUGUUUCAAUAGAAAUGGCAAAGAUUAUAUUAGAUCUUAAUAUUAUAUGUAGUAUUUAACAUUACUAGCAUGGUAAAAGGGUUUUUAAUGGCGGACAGAAGGAUAUGACUGGCGAGCCAGUAACCUGCUGGAGCCAGUAAAAACCCGUUACUUUGCGUAUAUUGUUGAAUAUUUUAUUUGUUUCUCACUUGUAACUAACUAUUACUCCUAUAAACUAUUAAAAACUCUAGGGGCCGGUUUAUAGAAACGCGAGUUAAAUAUUUAAUCCUCGAUUAAUUUAACACUGGAUUAAAAUGUGGAAUGGGAGCUCGUGAUUGGUUAAAACCUGCACGUCGCCUAGCAACGAACCUCAAUUAAAAGUUAAUCGCGAAUUAACUUUAACUUCGGUUUCUAUAAACCAGGUCUAGAAGUUCCAAUAUUUGAAGAAAUAUCGUGUGAGCUUUAGACGUAUUACCUUGGAAACGCACGUCAGCAUGGCACUUAUCAUAGCAGUUAUUGUGUUGUCUAGUUCUGUCAUUUAGAUUUUUCGAUUUAUCGUUUUCGAUGUAUUGAAGUGAGUGUGGCGCAAGCUAUAUUACUGAGGAAGCAGCAAUUGUGAGUGGAAAUUUGCCUGAGUCAAUUUUGGCUGUCAUUUCAACUUAUAGUAGUUUAAAAUGUUUAAAAUACAACGCUGUAUGAGCACGAGCAGGGAUGUAAAAGUUUGACUGGCUAGCCAGUAAAAUUUUUACAGGCUAUAGCCAGUUAAGUGACAUUUUCAUGUUGAAUACAGUGACUUGGUAAAUUGAUGUUUACAAGUGAGGAACAAAUAAAAGAAAAAACUUUUUUUUUCAAGUGUACCGAAACACGUGUAGCCGUGCCUACUAAUAAAUUAUUUAAACUCUUAAAAGUUUUUUCUUUAAUAAUAACAUUAAUAUGGACUUUAAACAAGUAACCGCCUCAUCAAUACAUACAAAUAUAUAUUAGAUAAUGGGGCAGCAGUAAUGGGCUGGGGAACUUAAUGGGCUUCAAGCCAAAAUAAAGAUAAUUGACCCUUAAGCAUUUCAUGGUUAUGCGCAUAAUUUAAAAUUAGUUUUAAGCGAUGCAAAUAAAAACUUUCUAUUUAGACGUCCGUAUAUUUUUUCAAAAUCAACGAAAUGGUGUAUAAUUUUAGAUCAAGUA